UUCAAUCUGGUUUGGAAUUUUUCUUGAUUGUUGAAUCUUAUGUGUUUUCAAUUUCAAAUUGAUUCGACCAAAAAUAAAAAUCAAACCGAUGGAAGUUUCUCUUGCACAGAUUAACAAUUACUCUCACGAGAUUCAAGAGAAAUGGACUAAGGAACAAGAUUUGCUCAGAAAGAGAUUAAUUGUUCAAGACGAUUUCAUCUGGCGACUUCCGAAUCUCCCUCCCGGAGAACAGGAACCGGCCAAUGUGCUCAAGUAUGUCGGCGGAGUUGAUGUUAGCUUCUCAAAGGAUGAUCCAUCUUUGGCUUGCGGCGCUUUUGUUGUUUUCGAUCUCGUAACCCAUCAAGUUGUCUAUGAAGAUUACUCUAUUGUUACACUGGAAAUCCCUUAUCUUCCUGGUUUUCUUGCCUUCAGAGAGGCUCCAAUAUUUCUCGAUCUCUUAGAGAAAAUGAAGAAUGUCGCCCAUCCUUGCUAUCCUCAGCUGCUGAUGGUAGAUGGAAAUGGAUUGCUUCAUCCACGAGGAUUUGGUUUGGCUUGCCAUUUAGGUAUUUUAGCUGAUCUACCUACUAUUGGAAUAGGAAAGAAUCUGCAUCAAAUUGACGGUCUUACCCAAUCCAGAGUGAAACAGCUCCUUGAAGCAAAUGAGAACUGCGAUCAAGACUAUAUUCCUCUGCGUGGCGACUCAGGCUGCAUAUGGGGUGCAGCAAUUCGAUCUACAGAAGGAUCAUCAAAACCUAUAUUUGUGUCAGUUGGUCACCGGAUAUCUCUUGCAACUGCCAUUGAAAUGGUUAAAUUGACUUGCCAAUUCCGAGUCCCCGAGCCUAUUCGUCAGGCUGAUAUUAGAUCUCGAGAGUACCUCAGGAAACGUCAAUUGGGUAAUGAGCAGAAUAAACAGAGUAAUUUUGUUUGAUUAUCGCAAACUAAAGCACUGGUUUUAGUCCCAAAGAAGGAAACUUACUUCAUUUUGACCAAAAGCUUAAUAGAAGUAUAUUUACAGCAACAAGAACCUGCAUUUUUACCAUCUUUCUUUUAAAUGUUUAUAAACUUUUAUUAAGAACCAAUA